AUGGAGGCAGGCGAGUCAAUAGAUUCGGCUGUUGCUGGCUCAGUAGGCGGGUCAUCGGAUCAAAGCACCGACUCAUUCAAGAACCAACAGCCUCACGCUGGCCCCGGAUUCAGCAACGACGACGCUGCCUCGAGCCGGCCUGCUCCUUUUGGGUCCUCCAUGAUGGAUGGCACUCCGUCACUCGGCGCCGCCAACCUGACAAACUUGCUGCCUCCUCCUACAGCACUCGAGAAAACGGCCGAUGCUGAACCGUCACUGGAAGAGCAGAUCCACGCCUUCACCGCGAGCUUGACCGGUCAGCUUGGUUCGCAAACUGAAGCACUUCACACACCAAUCGAGGCUUCCAACAUCAACACGACUUACAACACGCCGACCCAAGGCGAGGGGACACCGGCGACAGCUGAGGAUAUCGCCUCCUUCGAGACACUCAUUGCUUCGCUCAUGCCCACACCGCUGUCUGGCUCGCCUGCACCACAACAAUCGGAGGUAGCAUCACUACAGGCGACACCUCAGCUAGGCACCGCUUCCGUCGCUCACACAGCUUUUGCGACGCCCGAGCCUCAAGCAUCGGCCACGGCCGCAGACAGUGCCGCCCAGAGCUUCGUCGACAAUCUAUUGCGCGAAGCCAAUUUGCUGCCAGCCGAGUCCUCGACGCACGAAGCCACCAUCAGCGCUGCUUCUCAGCCGAGCGAAGACGCAUCCGUCCCUGCGGCUUCCACUGAGAGCGGCGAGAAGACGGGCGCCGUCGGCAACGAAGCCAUCGACGCCAGUCUGGAACUGUUCAUGGCCAGCCUCCAUUCCAGUCUCGCCACAGAGCCUUCCGCGGAAGCGUCCAAGGCCCCAGAAGAGUGCCCUACAAAACUCAAGCCCUCGCCAUCGAAGCCCUCGAAACCCAUCAAGAAGCCCAAAAAGAUCUUGGGCAAGCGCAAGUACCGCGAGAUCGGGCCUAUGGAGCGCCGCACUCGAGUCGAAAAGGCCAUCGCCGAGUACAUUGCCAGCAUCGACACGCUCACCAAGCCCAACACCGUCACCGGUCCCAUCGUCGCAGAGUCGUCCAAGACUAAGAUGACCACCAUUCGAUGCGCACACGCCUCGGUGGCACAAAAGAGCUAUGGAUCGGAAAAACGAUUCUUCAACCCUCCACCCAUAAUCAGCGUCACGGGCCCGCUGAGGAGGUACGCCGAGCACGGAGCUGCUACGCUGACCACGUCGAGCAUGGCAGAGGAUGCGGAUGAGGAGGAUCAGUGCCGCGUCAGCCUGCUUGUGCGUGGAGACACGGACGAGUUUUUCUCGAAUGAGACGGUUGCCGUGCUUGACAGUGGCCUGGAGACCAAGAUGCGGUCUCUCUACGUUACACCUACGGGAAGAUCCAAGUCGUUUCGUCUGCAGCUGAAUCUGCUGCGUCCUUCGGGGCUGGAACCGCACCUGCCGUUGUUCAGUCCGCUCAAGAAGUCCCGCGCUGACGCGCUUUCCCCCGCUCCCGGCGCGGGUAGUCCAGCCAACGAGGAGACAAGCUCGGAGGCCCUCUCUCGCCUACCCAAGGGUCUUGCAUGGGCAUCGUUCGAAUCCGCCCCCGUCACAAUCAUCUCCAAAUCCUCCAAGAAGACUGCCAAACCUCGCGGCCAGACAAAUCAGAUCCACAACGGAUCGCUCGUCUCCCUGUUCAACCGCAUCAACUCGCAAUCUGCCCGCACAAAGUACAUGCACAGCAGUGUCGAGGGGAGCUUGCUGGCCCAUGGCGGCGAGUGGUCAACCUACCGCGUGACGCUCAUCUCCCGUCCACCCCUGGCGGAUCUCGCAGGGGCGGAAGAGGACAGCGUUACGUACGGCUCGACGGUUGUGCUGACGGACGUGAACAGUGGGUGCAGUAGCGACCCGCUGGUGGUGUGCAAGGUGGACAAGGGGGUGGUGCAGUUGCCGCAGCUGGAUCCGCCGGGGGAGCUGCUGACGGCGGGGUCGGGGAACAAGUCGCGACGAGUGCCCAUCGAUCGGGCGUUGCGGGACAAGUUGGCUGCCGUCAGCGGAUCAUCCAACGGUAACGGACCCUCAACGAGCAAUGCGGCGACCAGCGAGAAGCCCGGAAGCAGCAUGUCGUCCGCGAUCAAGGUCGAGGGGGGCGAGACCUUCCAGACUCAGACUGCAGCAAGCGUCGGCGCCAGCGCAAACGACGCCGAGAGCAAGAACACCGACGACCUCAACCUCUACGGACCCGUCGGGCAGUUGCAAAAAGUGGCCCUGAUGCGCUUUGUGCCAAGCAACGACGCCGAAACCGUCUUUGGCGACUCGGAGCAUCUCGAGCCCAACUUUUCCACCCCUCGGAGCUACCUCUGUGCCACCAUCCCAGAUUCCUGGCGACACACGUCGUCCGACAAACUCGGGGCGGAACCUUUGGCGGUGACCUUCGCUUCGACGCAUUCGGACGGUGCAGGCUCCGAUUUUCCACCAGCAUCCACCCACGACACGCACAAAACGCCGGAGAGCAACUCGAUCGUCUAUGUCACGCCGAAAACGCUUACCGUCGCUAAGGACCACAGCUCGGGGGAGAAGACGGUAGAUGAGGUGGACGAUAGCUUCGUUUGGACGGUGAUCGGCGUAUCGCGCUUCGAGUAUUCGUACUUUGACACCUCUGCCACGCAGGCGAGUAAAGACGAAGGCCCAUGCGAGGUGCCCAUGACGCCGUUCCCGCUUAUCACGUCGAUGCCCACCUACGACCAGGCGCGGCAUACGCUGGUGACGACCGUGACGAACUUUAUCGUUCCGGCAGCGAUCACGGCGGAACCCAUCCCGCUCGACGUAUGGGUCGGCCCCCUCGGUCCCUUGCGCGUGCAACACAGCACCAAGCGCAAAGAGAUGGGCGAGGACCCCGAGGCGUUUAUCACCGUCAGCCUCCCUGCGUUACGAGACAUGCUCAGGGUCGCGCUAACAGGCAAAGCGGGUUCACCCAAGGGCGGAGUACCAGCCCACUUCUUGCUGCCACUGAUCUUCGUCAACGACUCGGAUGGGACGGCCUAUCACUCGGGAAGACAUGUGGUGUGCGAAGAUCUAGUACAGCUCAUGCGGGCAACGGGUCACGAGACGACGCAGGAGGUGCUCAAGGGGUUGGGAUUCGGGUUGGGAGAUGUUGCAGGCGUGCCCAGGGUCGGCGCUUGGAGUUUGAGAGUGAUUUGA